UCAAUACUUGUGAUUGCUGCUUGUUCUAGAACAGAUGUAUUGGUCACAUAAUCUGGCCAGUGAAUAUCCAUAAAUAUAGAUAAGAAAAUCUGACAUAACUUAGGCAAAGACUACGUCUUACUGUGCAUUCGGGCCUCAUGUCUGGCAUUACAAAAGUGUACAAUACAAUUAUACAUUUGUAACAAGUCACGCUGCAAACAUGAGGGUCAACUUUAUUUUGUGAUUCUGGUUAGAGGAUGAAAAACCCCCCCACACUUGAUGCAACAUAUCCGCUUCUCCCGCAGAUUAAUCACUCUUAUGCGGCCAACGGAGCUGGUCCAUGUACAAAGGUGUAUAUAGAGCAACAUGCUUGAUGACAGAGCCAGAGCUGCAUUUGAAAAAUAAAAAAGAUAACAGCAGGGAAGAAUGAAGUUUAAAAAACUGAGAUGGAUCACUUACUCCUUGCUUGUUCUGUGAACCUGAACCAGCUUGACAUGGUUUUGUCCUAAGGGUCUUAAUACUAUUUGAGCCAAAGGAGUUUCUACAACUCUGUAAUAACCUGCACCACUGCUCAGCUCUCUUGCCAUUGAGAUUAGGUUGUGCCCAGGCUAACUUAUUAUUUAUCUCUGAAUGAAACAGAGGGCAAUAGAACAUCAUAAGCUUCUACUGAUCAGAAGUUCAAUACAUUUCCCAGUUCCCCUUUCUAAAUUAAGAACACAAACUCCCACAAUUCUUCUGCACCAGUCAUAGUUAGAUGCUCUAUGAUUCAGAAGUGAAACAAAGCCAUGAUGCUGCUGGGCAGUUUUUGCCAUGCAGCUACUUACAUAUUCUUCCAUGUCAUUAAAGAUGUCAAAGAAAAUUCUGAAGAACCACCUAAAAUGGUAAAAAUGGAUCCAGAAAGAUCUCUUGAAUUAAGCCAUGAUGGAACAAGGCAGGGAGGAGGAGUGUAUUCUUCCUAUUUUCCCCAUCUAUACAUUUAUCUUUGGGAAAAAGCAGACAACAGGAACAAAAUUUUCUACUCAGAUCACUAUUAGUUCAAUUGACAUAUGAAUUAGAGAUAUGAAUGAGUGACCUACCUACAUAAAACAUCUCAAAAGUAAGAGUGUAUGGAUUAGGCUAUAUAAACAGCACAUCUGAAUCCAAGUUACAUUUUUCUAAUCAAUAAUAAUUGUUUACUGUUCAAAACAGCUUGAAAUAGUGUUAGAUAUAUUAUUCUUCCAAUAAUGCUUUAUUAUACUAACACUUUCUAAUUGAAAUUGUGAAAAGGCUCUAUUUAAAAAAGUAUAGGUAUCUGGAAGGAAAUUAAUACUAAAGAGUUUCAUUCUAUUCCUGUGAAUCUGAAACUCUGAAAGAAAGAAAUUUGAAUCUACAAAUUCAUUCUACAUUUCACAUUUACUCUUCCACAUUUUGAAACAAGAAAUGUUGGGGGGGUGGGAAGCUAUGUUCUUUUUGUGAUUUUCUAUUUCUGGUCAUUUAGGUAUUGCUUGUCAGUUAGGUCUACAGAGUUUCAAAAUGGUUUAUAAUUUCUAUCUGUAUAUGGGUUAAAAUUUCUAUCUGUAUUGUUGUUCUUGUAUUUUAUUCCUCCUGAAAAACAGGUGCAUCUUCUGCUCACCAUGUCAUGUUUUUUUCUCUUGGGAGAGUAGGUGGUUCUCACAAAUAUAAAAACUGCUAAGCUCUAUAAGACAGAAAGAAAUUCAGCAUUAAAAAAAUCCAGUAGCCAAAGUGCAGCAAAAUGUAAUGCUGCACUCUGCUAAAAUAACCUCCUUUCUUCUCCUGACACUUCUAUCGAGUACAUGACAAUGUCUGUACAUUUCCCCUCAAGUUACAACAACAGUAUUUCCUAAACCUGGCUGAACAUCUUAGAAAGGAAGGCAACUUUUAACCCCCCAGUAUUCAUUUCAUUAGAUUCAAGUCUGAUACUAAAUUAUCAAUUUAAAAAAGAACUCAAAAUUGGUAGCAGCUAAUUUUAAUUCCCCUACAACCAUUAUGGCCUAAAAAGAAGGUUUAGCAACCUGAAACAAACCUACACACAAAAGGAUCUCGUGACAUAGGAGGAUGACUAGUUAUAUUAUGUAUUCAAAAGUCAAAUACAAAUAAAAUGAAGAAAGACAUACUCAUUUUUGUACAAGCUGGCAUUUCAUCUAUAAAAGACAUCUGUCACUUACAUAUGGCACAACCCUUAGCAUAACAGGGAGAGCAUUACUAAGAGCUGUAGAGCAAAUAUGAAGCUCAAAGAUAGGUCAGAAAGGGACAGGGACUUUAAGGGAACUUCAUUUCAUCAACACCAAUUCUCUGCAUAAUCUGCAAAAUGCAGGCUCCAAAAAGGUUUCCUAGAACAGUGCAAAAAACCAAACAGUGCAUCCAUCAUUGUUUCACACUGUCUUCAGUUGGGGGUCAACCAAAAUACUGUAAUUAUUAUCAUCUAUUUGUGUUUUCUCUUCAUAUUCACAGAAGCACUCGAUUCCUUCUUGAGAAAAAAAUGUUUUAAAAACUGUGGCAGUCAGACCUACAAUGGACAAGUUAGCACUAGCACUUCCCCCUUUGCUACAGCAGCAACCAGCAGGUUUGAGACAUCCUCAAUACUCAACAAAGACCAGAUUUUCAGGAGAGCUCAGGUGUCUCACUCAAGUAUCAUUAAGUUUGUGCAUUGGCUAAUCGAGUGUAAGAAAAAGAGAUAAAAAAGAAAUAAAAAAAGAGGCCCUAACUCCCUCUAUUCUUUACCAUUUUCUUUAGGAUUGGCCUCGAAGUCAAAACCUCAGGAAAUACUUUUCAACUCUUUGGCUUAUAUACCACUGUGCCAAGAGAUCUUCAAGACCCCUCACUUCCCAUGGGAUCAGAGAGGACGGAGAUGCGCAAACGGCAGAUGUCUACGACCCAGGACACCCCAAGUGCUGCACAGGCUCAGCUCAGCACAGGAAAUCGAGGGUCCAAUGCCUGCUGCUUUUGUUGGUGCUGUUGCUGCAGCUGCUCAUGCCUUACUGUUAGAAAUCAAGAUGAAGAGAGAGCAAGGACAACAUCUCACGAACUACAAGCAGAGGGUAUUCCAAACUGUGAGGAAAGCCCUGCUCCUACUCUUGAAGAAGUAAAUGCCUGGGCUCAGUCAUUUGACAAGUUGAUGCUUACACCAGCUGGCAGAAAUGCUUUUCGUGAAUUUCUACGAACAGAAUUCAGUGAGGAAAACAUGCUUUUCUGGAUGGCCUGUGAGGAACUAAAGCAAGAAUCCAACAAAAGUGUCAUUGAAGAAAAAGCAAGACUAAUUUAUGAAGAUUAUAUUUCUAUCCUUUCUCCAAAAGAGGUCAGCCUGGACUCCAGAGUAAGAGAAGUGAUUAACCGAAAUAUGCUGGAACCCUCACAACACACCUUUGAUGACGCACAGCUUCAAAUCUAUACCUUAAUGCACAGAGACUCUUACCCACGGUUUAUGAACUCUGCUAUUUAUAAGGACUUGCUUCGGUCCUUAUCUGAAAAACCCGCUGAAGCAUAGAAUUUAUUCUGAAAUGUAUUUGUUUUAAAACAAAUGGAACUCUGGGCUACACAAAUCCACAGGGAAUUUAGAAUUAAUCAGAUAUCCACCUGAAAAUAACUCAGGCAAGUUUUACUACAGACUGAAUUAUUUAAAUCCGCACUGACAGGCUCUGUCACAAUCAGCUAAAUAUGGUUUCUGAUCAAAUUCAGUGUUAUUUUCCAAAAGGGAAUGAACACAAUGAAGAGAAAAUGUUGUUCAAAAAUGCAGUAUUUUUUCAAACACAGCACACAACUUGGAAGCAAAAUUGUUACAAUGUGUGUCUGAGGUACAAACGCCAACUGAGCAUGAAAACUAAAAUUAAUUUUUAGUGCAGUGUUAGAAUUGUCUUGAAAACCAAACCAGUUGCCCCAUCCACACUGUGACCCAAGUUAAAAAUAUUACUGUCGAUACUGUGGUACUUACUCCAGGCAAUGCCAUCAUACCUGGCAUAGGUACACUCCACUUGUUUUGGUAUAAAUAAUAUGUACAUGGUGUGCUAAUGGAAAUCAGCACAGCAAUCUCAAGUUUACGAAAGUUGCUGGUUGAAAUAAUGCUGCCUAUAUAAAAAAAAAAAAAUCUUUUGCUGAAGAGUUAUUAUUUUACUACUAAAAUCUGCUGAAAGCAUUAAGUUCUUAUUGUUGAUGUUUAUAAAGUUAAAUUAUUUACUUCAGAGGAAGACGUGUCUGGGCAUUCCAAUUCCAAAAUAAAGCACAAGAAUUGUCACAUAUUCUUCUUUUCCCUCAGUAGGUAUAUGUAAAAUCCUUCACUACUCACUCCCAAGAGGAUGGCAGUAUCAGCCAUCUUGGUUUUGUACAUAUUAAACUCCCCCAUCACCUGUCAGAUCUUGUAAGGUUUCUAUUACAGACACACACACAAUUUAAUUAAUAAAAGCAGGAAGCUUGAACUAUUGUGUUCUGACACAGCACUAUUUCAGACUAUCUGACAGCACCAGCUCUAUCCAGUAAUAAACCAUGUUCAUUUACUAGUAUCCCCAAAGCAUUACACUUGAUUUCUCAUCAUAUCUCUAAACCAUUAAUCACAGGAAAUACCAGGAAGAGAGUAAGUUGAAUCCACGUAAUCUAUGUGUACGUCUGUAAUUCUAAUAUCUUCUUUCUUUUAAACUACAAGAUUCACUACAAUUCCACUAUAUUAAACUCUGGAGUUUAUAGUGGAUUUCCAUUGAAUUGUAUUUUUUCCUGCCUAUUUAUUUAAAUGAACCAAAUGGCACAUAUAGUUAAAAAAUUAUACAUGGGAAACAGAAUGAAAAAAAAAAUACCCCUAGAAAAGGAGAACCAGACAGGCAUAUUUCAAUGAUGUGUACUGUAGCCUUUCCAAAACCUAUUCUUUGCCUAAUUCCAGAACUACAGGAAGUACAAAAUGGGGACUUUCUCUAAAAAAAGGAAAUGGGAAUAACACAAUAGAACUUGAGAGAUCAAUUUAAUUGUUUCCUCAAUACCCCUGGCAGGAGACAUAUUCUCCUCUUACUGCAUCUGCAUUAUUAAACAAAUUAAUGAUAUUUCAUUACAUAGCAGCACAGGAGAAGACCCAAUACAUGGUAAGUUAACAAUACUAUGGACCGGUUCAAGGCUAGGUUGGAUGAGGCACUGAGCAACCUGGUCUAGUGGGAGGUAUCCCUGCCCAUGGCAGGGGGUUGGUACUGGGUUAAGUUCCAUUACCACCCAAAUCAGUCUAUUAAUCCAUGACCAGUUUUCAUCAUCUCCUUCCAACAAUAUAACACUAUUUAAUAUGUCAGCACAAAAAAGUAAACAAAAAAAACCCUAGAGAGAGCAAAUCAAAGUGUUUUUUCCCUCUGUAGCACACUGCUGGAUGACUAAGCUAAGAGGAAAUCCUUCCAUAUAUAGCAACUCAAGACACAAUUCAGUUAAUGUUUGCCACUGCUUAACCUAUCAACACUGGUUAUCUCAGCUGAAUUUCUAUUAAACACACCCAAAGUACUAUCAAUAAAAUUUCAUUUUACAUGAAGUAUUACAUGAUAAGUAGUAACUUCAAUAAAACAAACUAGAUCUCUUCAUAAGGCAGCAUUCAUGGGGAGCUUACAGUUGAACUGACAAUGCUGUACUUCUUUUAAUCAGGGUGGGUAAGAGUGUUCUAAAACUCUUAAGCUGACAAAUUAAAGUUUAACUAGGUCAAAUUAAGCUUGUUGGAAAGAUCAUAUGUCUAGAUGACAAAAACUUCAAAGCAUGUCAUCUCAUGAAAUGGAGGAUUUAAUGUCUUUUAAGUUAUUUCUCUUCCCUGCAAAGAUACUUCAUUAAAAGCUGAAAGACAGACCAAACACUCACUUCAUAUCAAACAGUAAAUUCUAUUAUUCUGCAAGAAAAAGAAAUAAAAAAAAUGCAAUGAAAUCAGAGGAGAGAGAAACCUAAAAUGGUUUGGGCAGUUCUAUGGUUAAAAUUAAAUUAUUAAAAUAAGAAAGUAGUAAUUUCUAA